AUGAAAACGUUUUUCCUUUCAAAGAAAAACUUCCCAUCGCAUCCCACAGUCCAGAACCUCCGUCCACAUCACCUCCCUCUUCUUCCCAUUCGUCUUCUCUACCCAACAGCUCUUAACCCUCAGACCAGCCUCCCUCCUGCCCUGCCAUCUUCCGCAGUUUCUACACAACCUAUUUCCGCUGCACAGAAACUACCAGCUACUCAGCACAAUUCUGUCACUUCCCAACCAGUUCCUGCUGCACAGGAGCUACCAUCUACACAGCAACUCUAUACUCCUCCCCAUCGUCGUUCACCUACAGCUACUCGACUCCACUCCACUGCACACCCAGAUUCCAGCCCUGCAGUUUCUGCACACAGCGAUCCAGCAGGGUCUGUCACUACCACGACCCCUGCCUGCCCUGCCCGGGCAGAUCCACCAUCAUCUCCCACUCCACUCCGUCUGUUCCUGACAAUUCAGUCACCUCAUCUCGACCUGUCACCCGCGCCUCUCGUGGCAUAUUUCGUCCCACCCAUCGUCUGA